AAGCCAAUCUACUCGGUCUUCAUUAUUUUUUUUUUAAUGUACAUUUUACAGUCUCUCCACUUAGAUACCAGGUCAUCAUCCUUAGCCAUCUCCGCUAGACAUCAUUUGCAGUUAUCUUCGUCAUUUCAAUAUAAAUAGACAUGUCCAAAAUAAAUUCCAAGCGCUAUUAAUCUUGGGAUCGAUAACAAUGGAGGCUAAAACCAAGGCACCUCCUCUUCCUCUUCACACAGUUAGAUCCAUGCCUCAAACAACCUUCAACCGUGUAUUUGCUUCAGUCUACGCUUGUGCCAUUCUUGCUCUACUCUAUCACCAUCUCAUAUCUCUUCUUUACUCCAAAACCAUCGUCUCUUUCUCCAUAACUCUCAUUUUGUUAAUCUCUGAUCUAAUUCUUGCCUUCAUGUGGAUCAACACGCAGUCCACUCGCAUGUAUCCAGUCUAUCGACAACAAUUCCCAGAAAAUUUGAAGAAAGUUUUGAAAAGAAACGAUUAUCCAGGUUUAGACGUGUUUAUAUGUACUGCAGAUCCAUAUAAAGAGCCGCCAAUAAGUCUAGUGAAUACAGCUUUAUCAGUAAUGGCUUAUGAUUAUCCAGUGGAGAAGGUUUCUGUGUAUGUAUCUGAUGAUGGUGGCUCAGCCUUGACUCUCUUUGCUUUAAUGGAGGCGGCUAGAUUUGCCAGCCAUUGGUUACCAUUUUGCCAGAAGAAUCGCCCAAUGGAUAGAAGUCCUGAAGCUUAUUUUAAAUCAUCAAAUCAAAUUUUGUCUCCAGAUACUGAAAAGAUUAAGAUAAUGUACGAAAGAUUGAAAACGAAAAUAAAACGUGUUCUUGAGAGAGGGAAAGUUGAUGAAGAAUUCAUCAAGGGAGCUCAAGAGUACGAGGCAUUUAAUAAAUGGACUGAUAAAUUCACUCGACAAGACCAUCCCACUGUUAUUCAGGUUUUAUUAGAUACCAACAAGGACAGAGAUGUUACUGGUCAUCAAAUGCCAAACCUCAUUUAUGUAACUAGAGAGAAAAGCAAUACUUCAACGCACCACUUCAAAGCUGGUGCCCUAAAUGUUCUGUUAAGGGUUUCAGCUUCCAUGACUAAUGCACCAAUAGUCUUGACCCAAGAUUGUGAUAUGUAUUCUAAUGAUCCUCAAACACCACUUCUUGCCCUUUGUUACUUCUGUGACCCUGAUCCUGCUAUUAGGUCUAAAUUAGGUUAUGUUCAGUUUCCUCAAAGAUUCCAUGGAAUUAACAAGAACGACAUAUAUGCUUGUGCUUAUAAACGAUUAUAUGAGAUUCAACCAAUGGGGUUCGAUGGUCUUAAAGGCCCCCAUUAUCUUGGCUCUGGAUGUUUCUUUUCUCGAAGAGUUUUCUUCGGAGGACCAUCAGCUCUACUUGCACCGGAGAUACCUGAGUUGCACCCAGUUCAUGCUGUGGACAAACCCCUUCAAUCAAAAUCAAGUUUGGCACUGGCUCAUCAAGUUGCAAGUUCCAAUUAUGAGAACCAGACUAAUUGGGGCACAAAGAUAGGAUUUAGGUAUGGAUCACUUUCUGAAGACUUCUUAACCGGUUUUCAUAUGCAUUGUGAAGGAUGGAAGUCUAUAUUUUGCCACCCUAAAAGGGCAGCAUUUUUAGGGGAUGCUCCAAUUACCUUGAUUGACUUGCUGAGUCAACAAAAGAGAUGGACCCAUGGGGUUCUUCAGGUUGGGUUUUGUAAACACAGCCCAAUUACUUUUGGUGUUAAGGCAACCGGCCCCUUAAUGGCCUUAGGUUAUGCACAGUCAACAUUUUGGGCCAGCUGGACAAUUCCAAUCACAACAUAUGCCUUCCUUCCUCAGCUAGCUCUUCUCAAUAAUGUUUAUAUUUUUCCAAAGGUAUCAGAUCAAUUCCCAUGGUUUCUGCUCUAUUUGUUUUUAUUUCUUGGAGCUUAUGGGCAAGAUUUUCUUGACUUUGUCUUGGACGGUGGGUCAGCCAAAUCUUGGUGGAACGACCAAAGAAUAUGGCACGUAAGGGGACUAACAUGUUACUUGUUUGGGUCCAUUGAGUUCUUGCUUAAGGCUUUAGGACUCUCAAGUUUUGGUUUUAACGUGACCAGUAAAACAGUAAAUGAUGAAGUAAGUAAAAGAUAUGAGCAAGGCAUCUUUGAGUUUGGAGUUCAUUCUCCAAUGUUUGUCUCUCUUACGAUGGCAGCUUUAGUUAACUUGAUUUCACUUGUCCAUGGCGUCUUUCAAGUUUUGAAAGAUGGUAACUUGGAGGAACCAUUUCUGCAGAUACUUAUUGCAGGUUUUGCUGUCUUGAAUUGUUGGCCAAUUUAUGAAGCUAUAACGUUCAGAACUGAUAGUGGGAAAAUGCCAAUCAAAACUAUUUACGUCUCCAUAUUUUUGACAUGUUGUAUUUAUUUAGUUGCUUCUUUCAUUUUGUGAAAUCUUCCAUUGACAUUAUUUAUUUAUUAUUGAAAAUGGACCGCUGUAAUUGUUUAUGGCUGUAGAUCUAAAUCCAAGAGAAUUGCAGGCUCUGCGUUUUUUUUCUUUUUUAUCUCAA